GGAGAAAGAGAGAGCACAUCUUAUGGUAGGGGCAUCAGAUCAGCUCAGAUCAGAUCGUCCUCUUAGGAGGUGCCAACGAUGACGUCUCUAUCUCUAGUCAUCUUGUAAGUUCGCCGCAGAAAGCGAGAGCGCAUCUUAUGGUACGAGCAUCAAUUCAGUUCGGUUCAGAUCAUCUUAGGAGGUACCAACGAUGAUGUUUCUCUAGUCAUCUCUAUCUAGAACUUGUGCCGAACCCGGGCAGCCAGCUUACGACACCGCUAACCACUACUCCAAACGGUCCAGGACCCCUUUGACUUGGUCAGUUAGCGGCACUUGAACCCUACGUACUGUUACACCAGAUCUAGACUUUGGCAGAUACAGACAUGGAAGACUUUAACGUGACGUUUGAGAACUUUACGGACUCAGAGAUGGUGAACGGGACGGCGUCCGUAGCGAACGGGACGAGUGACGAGAUCCCGCCGCCCUACACCUCGGCAGCCACCGCGGCCAUCGCCGUGUGCGGCGGGGCAGUCACCCUGUUCAUCGUGCUGGGGAACACGCUGGUGUGCGUGGUCAUCGUCGGGACCAAGGCCAUGAAGGGCGUACAGAACCUGUUCCUGGUGUCGCUGGCCUGUAGUGACGUCACAGUGGGAACCCUGGUCAUGCCGUUCAAACUGGCCAAUGAGCUGAUGGGUUACUGGUACUUCGGCCAGACCUGGUGUGACAUCUACCUGGCUCUAGACGUCUUCGCCUGCACAGCGAGUAUCUUUAACCUGUGCGCCAUCAGUAUUGACCGCUACUGGGCCAUCACCAAACCCAUCAAGUACCUGAGCAUGCGGACCCGGCGCCGGGUGGGCAUCAUGAUCGCCAUCGUGUGGCUGUCCUCAGCACUGGUGUGCCUCCCGCCGCUGUUCGGCUGGAAGAGCGGGGAGGUCCCGACGGACAAGCAAACCAGCGAUGAGGCACCAGGGUGCCAACUGAACAGCUCCCCGGGAUACGUGGUGUUCUCGUCGGUGUCGUCCUUCUGGAUUCCGCUAGUGGUCCUCAUGUUCGUCUACACCAGCAUCAUCCGCGCCAUCAGGAAGAGAUUCAAAACCCGCAACAAAAACGCCGUUGGUUGCCAUGGAGCCCCGAGCGUGACCCAAGCGGACGGAACCGGUUCGGGACCAUCGAAUGUGCUGAAGAGACAUCACAUGACUGACAGCGAGUUCGAAUUCGAAGACUCCAUGACGUCAAAUCCCAACAAGGUAUGCUUCUCCAGUGACCUCAGCGACACUCUGUCUCACCAGGACAAAGCCUUGCCAAUCCUGGAGCCCUUAAAACCCCUUUACGAGCCUCGGAAGUCCAACGCCUUUCUACCCAGGGGACCUUACUUCGACGGCAAGAUGGUUGUCCUGCCCGUGAUGACCAGACCAGCUACUGACAAAGUUAUGGUGACGAACAGUUCAAGACCCAUCGGCAGUAUAGCCGAGGCCUGGCUCCCCGAGGUGGAAGAAGUAACACCCGUCAAGCCCAUGGGCAACCCCGACCACCAGCCCGUCAACCAAGAAGCCAGACUGGAGCCUGCCCCAGAAACCAGCCGGGUCAAGUCGGCGAUCUUCAGCGCCUUGCGCUCGAGGGAAGCCACGCUCGAGAGCGAGGAGCAGAAGCUGGACAAAAGCUCGCGGAUGCACAGAAGGAAGGCCCGGGAGAAGCUGCGAGCCGCGCAGCUUAAAGAGAGGAAGUCCCUGUCGAUCAUCUUCUGCGUCGUGGCCAUCUUCAUCUUCUGCUGGCUGCCGUUCUUCGUCUGCUACCUGGUGGUGACGCUGUGUGAGACGUGCUGGGUGCCGCCGCCGUUCUUCAUGUUCGUGGAGUGGCUGGGGUACGGCAACAGCGCUCUCAACCCUGUCAUAUACGCUCUCUUCAACAAAGACUUCCGCGACGGCAUCAAGAUGCUAUUCCGCCGAAGUAACCAUGUCGUGCCAUGA